AGCCUCGCCGCCGCAGGCCCGCGCGCCCGCCGCCCCUGGCGGUGGCGAUGCCCCGCCAGGGCGCGCGGCGGCGCGCGCGAGAGGCCGCCGGGGCGAAGCGGAAGCGCCCCCGGGAUGGGGCGGCCCCGGCGGGUGCCCCGGCGGUUGCCCCAGCGGCGCCCCCUGGCGGCGACGCGCCGCCUGCGGGCAGCGCGGCGGACUUUGAGUCCGCGCUUGCUGCGCCGGGCGCCGUGUCGGAGAAGCUCUUCGAGCUGGCGAACAGGCCCGCCGUUCGCUUCCGCGUGGGCGGUGGCCACGUCGAAGUCCGGCAGGACCGCCAGGCCACCGAGCACAGCGGCGGCGUGGUGUGGGAGACCGCGUUCUUCCUCGCGAGGUACCUGGAGCGCCACGUGCUCCCCGCGCGAGGCGGGCGGCCCGCCGUUGCCGAGCUCGGGGCCGGCUGCGGCCUGCUCGGCCUGGCGCUGGCGCGGCUCGGCUGCCGCGCGGUGCUGACCGAGCAGCCCGCGGCGCUGGCGAACCUCCGGGCCAACGUCGGGGCGUACGCGGCCGCGGGCGGGGCGCGCCGGGGCGCGGCGACGGCGGCGCAGCUGGUGUGGGGGAAUGCCGAGGACGCCGCUGCCGUGGCGCAGAUGGGGCCCUUCGAUCUCGUCGUGGCGUCGGACGUCGUCUUCGCUGCCCCGCUCGUAGGC